CUUGUGUUAGCCUUUCUUUAUCGCAAUUGACCCUGUCUGCUAUAAAUAUGUGUGUGUGGAAGUGCCAGAGUCCUUAGUGUUACGAGCAUUCGUACUCUAGCAGUUCGUGUCCUAUCUGUACCAGUGUGUUUCGUAAGCCAGUGUAAAACAAGUGCUGUUUCGUAACUUUGUUGUCCAGUCCGAUUUCCAACGAAUUUUAUGCAUCACACGCCGGUUUCACAAGAAAUUUUCAUGUAUUCACUCUUGGCAAUUGAGAAAAUGACCAUCGCUAAUAAAUUUCGUGUAAACCCGAUUUACUACUCCGACUACUCCGAUACGACCUGUUAAAGACUUUUAAUUUACGGGCCGUUAGUACUUAACUUCUCGUCGUUUUUCUCCUUGUCAAGACUGAUUUUUUAUUAGAAUGGAUAUCGUUACCCUUCACCCCGUAUUAAAAGCCUUCUUGGCCGGAUCAUUCUCUGGAACUUUUUCCACCAUCUUAUUUCAACCCUUGGACCUUGUGAAAACUCGUCUUCAGAACCCCAACCCGACCAUUUUAAAUGGUGGUCGACAUGGAAUUGGAAUGCUUAGCGUGUUUACAAACGUCGUUCAACAAGAACGCAUCGUCGGACUAUGGAAAGGAAUGACACCAUCUCUUACGAGAUGUGUGCCUGGAGUCGGUCUCUACUUUUGCUCCCUCGACUGGCUUAAGAGCACCCUCUUUCCCGGAACUACUCCUUCUUCUAUUCAAUUAAUCGGGCUAGGCGUUUUUGCCCGAUGCUUGAGUGGUGUUCCACUAAUUCCAAUAACCGUUGUUAAAACUAGAUUUGAGAGUGGUGUCUAUGGAUAUAAUGGCAUCGCGUCCGCUUUACGUGAAAUAUACCGCACGGAAGGCGUACGAGGUAUGACAUGCGGAUUGGUGCCCACCCUAUUUAGAGACGCCCCCUUCUCGGGACUCUACUUCAUGUUUUACACGCAGUUGAAGCAUUUUGUUCCUCAAGAUUGCUUCAACUCUCAAUACUCGGCCCCCGUGCAUUUCACGUGCGGAGUUACGGCCGGAGUUUUGGCGUCGGUCGUAACGCAGCCGGCCGACGUUCUGAAGACGAAAAUGCAGCUGUAUCCGUCGAAGUUUAACGGAAUUUGGUCCGUCGUCGUUUACGUACACGGAAAGUAUGGACUACAGGGUUAUUUCAAGGGAAUGGUUCCUCGAAUGCUUCGCCGCACCUUAAUGGCCGCGAUGGCAUGGACUGUUUACGAACAAAUCACUAAGAGCGCCGGGCUCAAGUAGUAGGUAGUGCAGAAAUGACUCCAUAGCAGUUUUAGUUAACGCUUUGUAGUUUCUAGUAGAGCAAUUUAUUAUUUAAAUUUUAUUUUAUAACGUUGCUUUUCUAAAUGUACAGGGUACUGCACUAUACUUCUUGGGCUUCUGUAGUUUUAGUGAUUGCUUUAUUUCUUUUAAAAGGGUAUCGAUAUUGUAUUGUUGUAUUAUACAAAAUGCAGUAU